AUGGAAAUGAUGGAAGGCUGCCAGUUCUCCCCAUCCGAAUUCUUCUACGACAGCUCCUGCAUCCCUUCUCCAGAAGGGGACUUUGGGGAUGAGUUUGAGCCCAGAAUGACCUCUUUUGGAGCCCACAAAACAGACCUGCAAGGCUCAGACGAAGAGGAGCACGUGCGAGCCCCGACGGGUCACCACCAAGCGGGCCACUGCCUCAUGUGGGCUUGCAAAGCUUGCAAGAGGAAGGCCACCACCAUGGACAGGCGGAAGGCGGCCACCAUGCGUGAAAGGCGGAGGCUGAAGAAGGUGAACCAGGCUUUUGAGACGCUUAAGAGGUGCACUACAGCCAAUCCUAACCAGAGACUCCCCAAAGUGGAGAUUCUCAGAAAUGCCAUCAGAUACAUUGAGAGUCUCCAAGAGUUGCUGAGGGAACAGGUCGAAAACUAUUACACUCUCCCUGGGCAGAGCUGCUCUGAACCCACCAGCCCCACCUCCAACUGCUCCGAUGGGAUGGCUGAGUGCAACAGCCCCGUGUGGUCCAGAAGAAACAGCAGUUUUGACAGUGUCUACUGCCCUGAUAUGACAAAUGUUUCCUCCACAGACAAAAAUUCCACAUUAUCCAGUUUGGACUGCUUAUCCAGCAUAGUGGAUCGGAUCUCAUCCUCUGACCAACCUGUGUUGACUCUGCAAGACCCUGCUUCUCUCUCUCCAAUUGCCAGCACUGACUCUCAGCCAGAAACACCAGGGGCCCCUAAUUCCAGGCUCAUCUAUCAUGUGCUAUGAACUCUGCGACUUGAGAUUAAUUCCACCCACUGAUUUUACCUCCAAGUACAGAAUUAACCGGAAAACCUGUUAGACCAUGGAGCAGGAGGCUGUGCAAAGUUCCAAGCUAAGACAUUCUGUAUAUGAAUAUUUCAUGUUAGUUGUAUAUUUGUAAAUACUAUUUUGCCACUUCAUAAGAAAAUGUAUUUAACUAAAAAGUCACCAUCAUAUGAAUGCUUUGUUUUUACUUUUGAUAUAUAUUUUUAAUAUUAUUAUUCAUGGCAGAAGGUUGUUGGGAGGGGUAGCUUGCAGAAGUACUUAAGUUAUAUUUUCAUAAAUGUUGCUUAUCAAAAAUAUUCUUUCAUGG